CAAUGAUUAAAAAAGAAAAACUGGAUUUGCAUCCCUGAUUCUUUGCCCUACCGUGCUCCUCCGACACCACCACAACACUGUCAAACUACAAGCUUACUCAAAAAAAAAAAAAAGCAUUAGAAGUCUAUUCGCUUUAAGUUCUACGUUCUUCUGCUGUUGUAUGAGCACCCUCUAAAAGAAAAGAAAAGGAAGGAAAAACCCAAAACUGAGCAAAAUUCAAUUGAAAGAUGAUUCAAACAAACCGCAGCUACAACGCCAUAGUACACCAAGUAAUAUCAAUAAUGCUCCAAAACCGACCCUUUGAUGCCCAACUCGCUUCUUCAACAACCUCAAAUCCAUGGACGACAGAUUCAGUUUCAGACAUCUUAAGAUCCGUUCCAAAAUUCUUCUUCCAAUCCCCUCGUUCCAUUGGCCGCCAGAAAGGCUUCCGCCACCGUGCUCCUUUAAAGCAAAGAUAUCUCAAACAAGAAAAUUUUAAGAAUUCCCACAAUGUUCUUGUCCUUGGCCCUGCUGCUUAUAGAGACACCAAAAGGGUAGUUUUAGGAUUAGAUAAAGCAAUGGAUUUCUAUUUCUGGGUAGAAAACUUUUUUGGGUUUGCCCAUGAUGUGAAAACUUGUAGAGAAAUGGCCUUUGUUUUGGCUAAAGGUAAUAACUUGAAGGGUCUUUGGCAUUUUCUCAAGGAAAUGUCCAGGAGAGAAAAUAGGGGGCUUGUUACUACUUCUACUGUCACCUGUUUGAUUAAAGUACUAGGAGAAGAAGGGUUAGUUAAAGAAGCAUUGGCUUGUUUUUAUAGAAUGAAGCAGUUUCAUUGCAAACCUGAUGUUUUUGCUUAUAAUACGAUUAUUCAUGCCCUUUGUAGAGUUGGGAAUUUUAAUAAAGCAAGGUUCUUAUUGGAACAAAUGGAGUUACCAGGGUUUAGAUGUCCACCAGAUUUGUAUACUUACACCAUUUUGAUAAGUUCAUAUUGUAAAUUUAGCAUGCAAACUGGAUGUAGAAAGGCAAUUAGGAGAAGGCUUUAUGAGGCGAAUCACUUGUUUCGUGAAAUGUUGUUUAAGGGUUUUGUUCCUGAUGUUGUGACUUAUAAUUGUUUGAUUGAUGGUUGUUGUAAGACAAAUCGAAUUGAAAGGGCUUUGGAACUUUUUGAAGAUAUGAAUAAAAGGAAUUGUGUUCCUAACCGUAUCACCUAUAAUUCUUUUAUUAGGUACUAUUGUGCUGUUAAUGAGAUUGAUAAGGGUAUUGAGAUGAUGCGGAGGAUGCAACAGAUGAAUCAUGGGGUAGCGGCAAAUAGUUCUUAUACUCCGAUUAUACAUGCUCUGUGUGAAGCGGGAAAGGUGCUGGAGGCCAAGGAUUUUCUUUUUGAGUUGAUUGGAGGGGGAUCUAUUCCCAGAGAGUAUACAUAUAAGCUAGUUUGCGAUGCACUGAAUUCAGUAGGAGCAGCCAAUUUGAUAGACAAUGAGUUGCAUAAAAGAAUAAGAGAUGGUAUAGAGAGCAGAUGUAAACAAGUGAUGAAGGUGAAACAAGUAAAGAGUCGCAUAACGAAAAUGAGGAUUGUGGAGGAAGUUUAAUUUCCAGGAAGAACUAAUCAUGCUCAACCAUGCAAAGCACAGCAGGCAAGAAGAAGAAUUUAGUUGUUUGUUGGGGCAUCCUGGUGAAAGGAAACUAAGAGUGAAGUCUCCAGUGAGAGAAGAACACUGUUGAGAUAUGUGUUAUCUCCUCUCUUUCUGUCCUUGUGACAUUAUUUUUCCUUGUCAUUUGCUGCUUCAAAUGCAUGAUCAAGAAAAGCAAAGGUACUGUUAACAACCAUGGAGUUCGCCACACUGGUGGAGAUGGUGCUAAUCCAGGUGUGACCAUUAAUGCAGUAGGUGUUAAUAGUGGCAUGACUUCCGGUUGUGCUCGUGGGACUGGCAGUGACAAUGGCGAAGGUGGCUGUGGUGGCAAUGAUGACGGUGGAGGAGAAGCAUGUUGUGGAGGUGGUGAUGGUUGCCAAGCUGGGCUAUGAUAAUAUGCUAUUGGUGUUCUGGAAAAGGAGGAAAAAUAAUAGAACUGCUGUUAUGGGAAUAUAAAGAUAUCAUUGUUUCUUUCAUCUUUUACCCCCCCUUUUUUCUCCUCAACUGAUGUACCAGUUUGAUAUUAUGAAUUUUAAAUUUCAAUGGUAUUAAGUUAUGAUUGCGGUGCUUUAUAUAAGGUUGAUACGUUGCUUAUACAUGAGGUGAAAUUAGCUGAUUCUGAAAACUCUGGGGCAGUAAAAUUAAGAAUUAAAUUGGGCUUUUAAUUCUCAUCUCUAUAUAUGUAAAUUCUACUUUGUUGAUGAUGGCAAGUUUCAUUGCCUACCCGAAGAAAAUCUAAAAAAUUAUCAGGCACAUCUUGAUCCAUCAUGCUGGGGGCUUUUAUAGUUUUAUUUGUAAGUUCCCCUUUGGUUUUCUUUGAAAAGAGGUAUGUUUUCAAGGUUAUUCAUUUUGCUAAUGGUUGUUCUUUAGA